AUGCUUCUGGAUGAUCCUCUCAAAGCAUCGCGGUCUGAGAACCAACUGGCCCAGCGGCCCCGCUGCCACACCAACUUCCUGGAGGCGCCGCUGUCCCGGGCCUUCCGGCAGCUGGGCUGGAAGGUGGGCUCGCAACCCUGGAUCUUCCUGCUGCUGCCCAUGGUGUUAACGGCCGUUCUCGGCACUGGCCUGAUUUACCAGCCCCAGGAUGAAGACGACGACCUCGAGGAGCAGAAGAGCACCGAGGUCAAUUAUGCCUCCAUCCUAGGGGUCUCCAACACCAAGACACUGCUGGAGCUGGAAAUCUUGGAAGAAAUUAGCAAGGUGGAAGGCGGGUUGCAGGCUUUGACUGUGACACAGGACAACGGAACCCAGAUCCACUACAGGGAGCCAAGCCGGUCAGAUCGUCUACCCGGCCAACAUCCUGGGAGGAACUGCCUUAGGCGAGAGGAUGGGGCUGAGCCCCAAAGUCAUGCGGCUGCAGCGCCACCUGAAGACAGGUGAAGGAGAGGGAAAUGAAUGUGGAAGGCGUGGAUGAUCCAUUUCCUGAGAAGCCUGGCAGCCUUGAAAAGAGUCUGGCCUUGAAGAAGAUCAAGGUCCUCUACUUUACAUCACUUUCUAGACAACUGGAAUUUGAGCAACUUCUGUGACAGUGGUCCCAUUGUUUCACUUGGCAUACCUUCUAACCAUAUUAGUUGCAAUUGCAUCAUGUUAAAGCAAAGAUUUGAAACACAGCGGACCAGUGUUACAGCUCGCUUACAGCUCAGAGUUUUAUUCAGCAAGCAAAGGAAAGUACACCCUGGAGGCAUGAGGGCAGGCUGACCCCAAAGGGGAGGCUUCAAUCCAUCUUGGCUUCCCAUUUUUAUAUGUCUCCUCCCUCCUGAGUCUGCCCUAUGUAAAUUGGGCUAGCCAGGAGGGCUGUUUGUUUCAC